AUGGCGAGGUUUUUAUGGAGGAGGAAACUGGAAAGGAAGGAAUGGUCAUUGGUCAAGUCCAAAAUGAGGAGCCCAAACAAUUAUGGGAAGGAGUCAAGAAAGAAAAUGUGUGAGGAAAGGGAGACCUAUGCGAAGGUUAAUAUGGAGGAGGAAUGGUCAAGUCCAAAAAGAAAACUCCCAGAAAAUUCAACCACUGGCACCGCGGCCUUCACUCUCUACACAACAACCACCACCGAUUCCUUCCCUAGCAAAAUCACCUCUCCAAUCCACGCCGUCCUUCGCUCUUCUCGCGCAAUCUCCACCAUUGCAUUAACCGUCGGUGAUUACAAAUUCUCUCUUCGUAACCUACCUGUGAACUCUGAUUCUUAUUAUCAGAAAUUAUCUGAGGUACAUUUACGAUCGGCGAAGAGGAUAUUGAAAUUAUGUGAAGAAAAUAAAGGGUUUUAUGUGAAAGCUGGACAAUUUGUUGCUUCAUUAAAGCAAGUACCAAAGGAAUACUCUUUGAUUCUUUCUUCAUUGCAAGAUCAGGCAGUUCCUUGUAGUUUCAAGGAUAUAAAACAAGUGCUUGAAAGCAAUUUGGGUCUAGAUUUAAAGAAGAUUUUUUUGUCGUUUGAUGAACAACCGAUAGCUGCUGCGUCAAUUGCACAAGUGCAUCAUGCAAUGUUGAAAGAUCAUCAAGAAGUAGCAGUCAAGGUACAGUACCCUGGUUUAGAACGCCUGAUGAAGAUAGACAUAACCACUAUGUCAUUUCUUUCAAAAUCCGUUGCAUGGGGAGAAGCAUUGGAGAAAUUGUCUGCAACAAAAGAAGUUGAUGAUGUGGAAUUUAUGAAGGAAAUGGGAAUAAAUCCUGUAAAGGUUGCAAAAGCAUUGGUGGAAGUCUUUGCUGAGAUGAUAUUCAUUCAUGGUUUUGUGCAUGGAGAUCCGCACCCUGGAAAUAUAUUAGUUUCUCCAGAAGGUCCAAAUGGCUUUUGUCUGGAUCAUGGAAUCUACAAACAAUUGGAUGACGAAUUUAGACAAGACUACUGUCAGCUGUGGAAAGCUAUGAUUAUUCAAGACUCACAUAAAAUACAGCAGCUUGGCGAACGACUUGGUGUUGGGAAGUAUGCUAAAUACUUCCCCGUCAUUUUUCUUGGAAGAACCAUCAACAGUAAAGCAAUUCUCGGAAAAGGGAUGUCAAAUGAAGAAAAAAGUAGCUUAAAUCAGGAGUUGAAGUCUUUGAAAGUGGAGGACAUAUUUUCUUUCAUGGAAUCUCUACCACCUGACUUUCUCACUAUAUUGCGCACCGAUGGCCUCCUCAGGUCAGUCAUUAGGAAAUUGGGUGCUCCACAGCAUGUCAGGCUAUUAGCCUAUGCGAAGUAUGCAAUAUGUGGCCUAUCUUCAAAGUCGAAUCCUGAAUCUGGUAGAUUCUGCAAUGAGAGUUGCUUUCUCCAGAUUAAGAACAAAUGCCAGUUAUCUUCAGCUCCGGCUUUUUCUCGCGGGACUGCAGCUGCUUUUCUGGAUGGAGAAGCUAGCAUCCAUGCAAAAGGGAUCCGUGGCGCAAUGGUAGCGCGUCUGACUCCAGAUCAGAAGGUUGCGUGUUCGAUUCACGUCGGGUUCAAUUCCCUUAAUAUCAUCCCAGCUUUUGCACAUAUCUGCAAAAGUCAUAAUAUACAAAGUGAAUUGUACACCCACAGUAAUGUUGCCAUAGCUGCCAUGCCACUCCCACCUGAGAAAAGGAAGCCAGAGAUGAUCAAGGACGUGACUAUCCCAGCUAGGACUAGAAUUGGACUAAAGAGGAUCAAUGGUGGGGUGGCCAUGAUAAGGAAUAAGCAUGCCCCAGUAAAGCCUAAACCGGACAAGGCUAAGAGGGUUACACCCAUCGUGGAUGUUGUUAGGAGUCUAGACACAGAGUGGACGGACCUUGGCUCUGAUCUAUCAGCCAUGACCAACACUUAA